GUCCUUGGGAAUUGGUUGAUAGAUUAUCAUGGAACUGACAGCCAUUAAGGUACCUGGCAAGAAAAAGCGCGGCAAUACGAAGGCAGCUGUCGCAACGACAAACCCACUUAAGAGGCCGUCUUCCGGAAGACCUCUAAAGCUUCUAGAUCCAAGUGACGAGACCCAAAGCUCAGCAAGUUCGGAACCUACUUCGAAGAAGCGGAAGAAUAGAUCUCUGAAGAGCAUCAAGUCUCGACGCAAAAUGUCGGACCUCGAGAAACUACCAACCGAAAUCCUCGAGGUGAUUUUCCUCUUCUGCUUGAAUAUCAACCUACCCAAUGCAAGUCCUGUGAUUGCUGGGAAAUUGAGCAGUCCUAUCAUAUACAACAAGACUCUCUUGGCUGCAUUCGGUCCUACUUGGGCGAGCUCGCAUGGUAGAAAGUCAAUUGGUCUAAAGGAUCGAGGCGGCGAUCCAGUACUUCAAUCUGCUAUUCUACGCUGUCGCUGGGCAACUCUACCUGUUAUGUUGAAUGCCAAGGAUAUGUGGAUACAAAGAUUUGCUACGGAUAAGGUUUUCAAACCUGUUUGGUUUGUUGCAGACAACAAUCCGCCUUCGGACGAUGAUGAUUCUUCAGCAGAAGAAACAGACAACCCUACUAAAAUCACAGCACGAGAACACCUCGAUACAGACUUCCAAGAUUUCUCCGACGUCGUUCUGAACUGGGAAGAGAGUGAUGGCUGUCUAUUGGAUUACUGCCACUUGGGUCUCAACUUUGAUGUAGCUGAUGCGAUAGAAAUACCCUCUUCGUUGCUCUCUGGCCCAUGGAAUGAAGACACCCUCAAGUAUCUUUUUUGGUUGAUAACGUCGGGAGCAAGUAUCGACUGGUGUCAUACCACAAGCGGAGAAGUUGGGCUUGAGGGACUCAAGAAAGCUAUUACUUUCGGUGAUAGUCGUGCAAUCGUAAUCCUUGUAUGGGUGGGUAUGAAAGUGGAGCUCAAUGUCAACCUAAUGGUAUACGCUCUGCGAAAUGCUGGAGGCGAUAAGUUUGCCGUCAUCACUCAGCUGUGGAUGUUAAACUUCCCUUCCGUCAACAAUAAGGGAGCUCGGAUCAUCGAGAAGGAGAUUGCGGACAUGAUGGAUGAGGCUCAGCAAGAAGGUGACAAUGAGAAGUAUGACUUGGCUGUCAAAAUCUCGAAGUCAGAGACACUUGCUACAAUUUUAUACAGUUCGGAGCCUAAUUACGGUGUUAUGGAUUUUGAAGCUAGAAAAUGAACACCCUGUCUAUUGCAC